CUAAACUGUCUGGAGGCGAUAAAGCUAAACAGUGAAGAAGUAGCUUGGUCUCAGUCGAGAUAGCCCUGACCAAUUCACGCACAAAGGGACGACUCACGUUAUUUUGACUCGGAGCUUUGCAACGAUGGCGGACGAGAGAUUUAGCGUCGUAGACUAUGUAGUCUUUAGCAUCAUGCUUCUUAUUUCUGCAGCCAUCGGGAUUUGGUACGGCUGCGGCCCAGGAGGGAAGCAAACGACUACCAAAGAAUACCUUCUUGCAGACCGUAAGAUGCGAAUUCUACCAGUGGCUAUCUCUCUACUUGUCUCGUAUCUCUCUGCUAUCACGCUACUCGGAGUACCAUCUGAGAUUUACACGUACGGAGCACAGUACUACGUUCUGAUUGUGUCCUACAUUAUUAUUUGUGGAGUGGUAGCUAUUAUUUUUGUCCCGAUGUUCAGAAGAAUUAACAUUACGUGUGCAAAUGAGUACCUUGAGCGUCGCUUCUCUGUUGGUGUAAGGAUGGUUGGAUGUGUCUUCUUUAUUCUUGAAUAUACUUUGUAUUUAUUCGUGGUUCUGUACGCACCGUCUCUCGCACUGGAAGCUGUGGCUGGUGUUCCUCUACCCGUGUCCAUCUUGACUACUGGGGUUGUCUGUACCUUUUAUACCAGCCUGGGUGGUCUAAAGGCUGUCAUUUGGACGGACGUGUUCCAGUCUGUUGUCAUGGUAGCAGGAUUGAUAGCCGUAGUUAUUGUUGGUAGUAACGAGGUGGGAGGAAUGAGUGAAGUCUGGAGAAUCAACAAGGAGUUUGGUCGCAUGAAGUUUUUCGACUUCAACCCAGACCCCAAGGUUCGCAACACAUUCUGGACUUUGACCCUUGGAGGUGCAUUAACAGCAAUGCCUGUCUGGACGGUCAGUCAGACCGCUGUACAGAGGUUCCUGUCUGUACCGAACACUAAAGCAGCGAGAAGGGUGGUUUGGCUAAACGUGCCUGGUUUGAUGGUCAUUGUCACGUUGUGCUGCCUCGAUGGUCUAGUCAUCUUUGCUGUUUACUCGGGAUGUGAUCUUUCAAAAGACAAAAAAAUCACAAGUAACGACCAGGUUCUUCCAUAUUUCGUCAUCAACAAACUUGGACACUUGAAAGGGCUGCCGGGAAUGUUCACCGCGUGUCUGUACGCAGGCGCGCUAAGCACCGCAUCGUCGGCUCUGAACGCAAUGGCUCUGGUUAUAUUGGAAGAUAUUAUUAAGAAGAAAAUGCGAGACGUCACAGAUGGCGACCAGGCUAAAAUGUGUAAAGCAAUUGCUCUAGGGUUUGGAGUAGUUGUCAUUGGUGGUGCAUUUUUAGUUCAGUUUGUCGGUACCAUGGUGCUUCAGCUCGCCUACAGUAUAUUUGGUAUCUGCGGUGGACCUCUGUUGGGCACUUUCUUACUUGGGAUGUUCAUAAGACGAGCCAAUUAUAAGGGAGCCUAUGCAGGGAUCUUUAUCGGUGCUGCCAUUACUACGUGGGUCUUCAUUGGCGCUCAAUUUUACCCUCCCAAUAAGUACCCUGGUAGAAGAUCCGUACAGGAGUGUUCCUGGUUCAAUGCUACAACCGAUAACAGCACGGGAAUCAUCGAGAAUGACUGGAAACCACACAGUGACGGCAUAGCUGACUUCUACAGCAUCUCAUAUCUGUGGUUCUCUGGUCUGUCUGUCUUUGUGUCCUUCGUGGUUGGGGCUAUUGUCAGUCUCGUUACAGAAACAAAGGCUGACCGCGCUUAUGCCGCGACCCUGGACACUAAGUUGCUGUUUCCAACUAAGGAUUGGUUGCUAUCGUGGUUGCCUGGACACGACUUUGAAUGGGACAUCGAAGAAGAAGAAGUUAAAGAUAUUACCCCUGCUCCUUCGGAAAUCGAUAUCAACUGGAGCAAGAAAAAUCCAGAACACCAAGAAACCCAUUUCUAGCUUCAGUGGUAUCUCUUGGUUACCGUCUCACAACACGAAAUCCACUUGUAGUACUCACAUGAGAUGUUGCACACUUAUUGGACGUAUAUUUGACCGUAACUAGUUAGUUCAUUGCUCUAAAAUGUUACUGACUGGGCUCCCUGUGGCGACCUUUGAGGUUUCUCAGCACAGGGAACCCAGUCCUUUUAUCGUUGCAUAGUAAUUUCGUUGUCAUGGAAAAGCCUUUAUAUAUAAAGACGUAACCUUGACAACCGUUUGUAACAUGCAUGCAUAUAUUUCUUUAAAAUUUUAAACUUAUAGGAAAAUUUCAAUAUAGAUCACGUGAUCAGUGGCAGAAAUUGAUAUGCUUUUAAAAAAGGGGAAACGUUUGACAUUUUUAGCGUUUUCUCAGCAUGCUUCUUUUUUUCUGCGUGUUAGCUCAAAUUGCCAUCGAUUUCAUAUACGUUAAAGUAAGCAUUGUUUACCGCCUGGAUGUGAUCACGUGCGUCGUCAUGACAACAACUCUAUAGUUUUCAAUGCGCAUGCGGCAUGACAUUUUUUUUAUAUUAUAUAUUUUUUGUGUGUGGUCUAUUUUCAUCAGGUUUGUUACAAACUAUUAUUAUUGUAAUGCUUUUUGUGAAACUUCGCGAUAACCACUGAUACCAACAUGGCGGCUAGGCAUAUUUGGAAUUUCAAUCUUAAAGAUACUGCACGGGCGGGGUGUCUAUAAGCCAUUGCGAGGUUGAGGGAAAAAACUGGUUCGAACUAACAUUGCACAGGGCAUUUUGGGACCUUUUUAGGGGAUGAAGUAAACGCCAUCUUGGAAAUAUGUCCCCUCAAACAGUCCCAAAGUGCACUGCAAUGCUAACUCGACCCAGGUUUUUACCCAACCUCGGAAUGGCCAAUCAUGAUCCCUUAUAUUAAACGGUGAGCUUAACAAAUACUCACUCGUUAGGUCAGCCACGUACGACUCACGCCUUUAUCUGUAGUUGUCAUUCAUUAUCACUGUUUUCUGAAAAGAUUAAAUAAUUUGUCUCCAAUUGGUUAUUAAUUAUUUAACAUCUAAUAUAACUAGAUAUUUGGAGACGUGAACAACUUUAUUAGUUAAGAUCAAUGAUACGCAUACACCGAGAAAUUUAGCUUUAUCUUGCACCAGAAUGAUCGCGUAUUUCAAAGCAAUUAAAGUUUUUAAUUAAUACUCA